AAAUUUCUGCGACCCAAGCAUUGGCAGUCCUCAUCUUUCUCGAUCGACGACGCGGAAUACGAUUUGGCCGCCGCGCCCCCCCAAUUCUCGAAACUGUGUCGACUUUGCCCAGGGGCGUUUCGAAAAUGGCCGGCAACAAGAGCACUCGGACGAAAGAUGACCAGACGAAGAAGCGCAAGAGGGAGCUAGCCGAGGCAGAUUCGAGGUCGAAACGGCAGCGUGCUGAACGGAAGGAGAACAAGGCCAAUGGGCGCAAAUCAACCGCUGAUCUGCUGAACACCUUGAAUGGCGCGAGCUCUGAGAAGAAUGGACUGUCUACCGCUCUCGAAACUACCGGGGAUCGCGAGCUGGGGAUUGUUCCACAGUUCGAUAAUGCUGAGGCUGGAUGGCGGGUGUCGAAACCCAUGGGUGGACGAAUGCUCGACAUUGAUCCUAUUCUCACUGAAGAUGACCAAUAUCUCAUCCUGGCCUACAACACCUCAAUCCAAAUCUACUCGGCCGUGGACUCUUUGUUAGUCCGCCGAAUCCCCAUAACGGUUGUCGAGUCUUCUGCGCAGAAGGCGUCGGCGUCGGCAACCAUUGUCGCUACACGACUCUCAAAGCAGAACCCCCAUUUUAUUUGGGUGGCCUGCUCGGACGGUCGCGUGUUCCAUGUCGACUGGACGAGCUCCAAGACACCCGAAUCUUUCAAAACACAAUCCGGAACGGCCAAGGCACUGGUUGUCUUGACCACCAAGAUCUCUAAGAAGACGGAAGAAGUCCUCUUGAUCGCCGAAUCAGACAAGUCAAACCGGAUCGAGGUCGUUGCAUACGAAGGAAAGGUGCAGUCAACUGCCGAGCCCAAGGUCGUCAUGGCCAUGAAGAAGCCGGGCAACGGUCUGCAGCUGCUGGAAUUGAGCGAAGAUGGCCAGGUUCUUGUUGGAGCUAUCAACGACCGCCUUUUCAUGGGCGUCCCAUCGCAGGAACAACCCGACGCCUUGGCGGCCCUGGAGUAUGAGUUUUAUUCUUUCGACAUCCCCGAUCUUAUCACAGCCCUGGAUGUCCGAGUGUACACGAGGCCGGCGACGAGCAGCAAGAAGGCUCGGUCAGAGCCCGCACCUGUGGUCGACGUCAUCGUUGGCGGUGCCCGUGGUUCCAUCUACCUCUAUCACGACGUCCUUGCCCGAAGCAUAGCUCUCGGAAAGCCGGGCUCUGAUAAAGAAAUGAUUCAGGCCCAGAAGUAUCAUUGGCACAGAAAGGCCGUGCACGCUUUGAAGUGGUCUCGCGACGGUCACUAUAUGAUUUCUGGAGGCUCUGAGAACUCCCUUGUUCUCUGGCAGAUGGACACUUCAAGAAAAGACUUUCUCCCCCAUCUUUCUGGCAGCGUGGAGAACAUUGUUGUUUCUGCCAGCGGUUCCUCGUAUGUAAUCCAUCUGGAUGAUAACUCUACCAUGAUCUUGUCCACCGCCGAGAUGAAGCCCACUGCGUACAUCGCCGGCAUCCAGUCCGCCGCAGUGCACGCCUCAUCCCCCAAGGAUCUUCUCGUUCAGCGCACCUGGACAACUCCUGAGUCCGUGCGACGACCCAUCCCAGCUGCCAUUAGGCCGACGGAUCACUCGAGACUACAUGUUUGCGUGGGCAACGGUGCUCAGGCUACUUCGUCAGGAAACUUCUCAGCUCCUUUGUUGCAGACAUUCGACCUCGAAACCUUCCGAAGUGUCUCUAGACAGGCCCUGGCACGUACGCAACCUACUGAUGUCAAUAUUACCAACAAGGGCAACCCCAUUGAUGAGCCUCUCAUCACCCACAUGGCCUUUUCGGCUGAUGGAGAAUGGCUUGCCAGCGUGGAUACUUGGGAGCCAUCGCCUCGAGAUGUGGACAACGUCCUCAGCGACUUGAAGGAACAAUUCAUUCAGGAACGACGUGAGGUCUAUCUCAAGUUCUGGGAGGCUCGACAGGGCGAUGACCAGAUUGCCCUGGUUUCUAGGAUCAAUGCUCCUCAUGCCACUGCUCACAAUGAGGCCGUUCUCGAUCUUGCAUCAAAUCCUGUCUCGACAUGCUUCGCGACGAUUGGAACCGAUGGCUUGGUUCGCUUGUGGCGACCCAAGACUCGAUCCCAAAACGGCGUUGUUGUCAAGGGAGCAGAUGGACGAGAGGUGUUCACCUGGAGCUGCUCACAAGUAAUUGCAGUUGGCGAAGGUCUCCCUCAGGAGGGCACUGUGGACGUUCCCGAGUCCACCGCCAAGUACGAGCCUCAGGGAAGCAUCACAUUCUCCGAAGAUGGUUCGACUUUGUUCGUUGCAUUCGGAACCGUUGGCACCGGAGCUGUCUACGUUAUCGACGCCGUCUCUGGUGAGAUUGUCAAAACACUGGAAGGCCAAUGGAAGGGACAGCUGCGCUCCGUUCGCGCCCUGUCUCCCUUUAUUAUUGUCUUGUCAGACGAACUGCGCGUUUACGAUGUUGUGAGCGAUGAGCUGCGAUAUGGUGUUGUUAUUCCCAAGACUACAGGGACCAACGACCUGCUGCAGCUCGCUGUGGACCACACCUCUGGGCACUUUGCCGUGGCGCUGCCGUUCAGUGAGGGUUCCACCUUGGGAGUCUUUGAGCCGGAGGAAUCCGAGCCUCUGCUGGUGCGCAACACCCCUCAAAAGAUAAUCAGUCUGGUGUCCGCACCCGACACGAGCGGUUUUAUUGCUCUGGACGAUGCAGCUCAGAUUUGGGUUGUUGCAGAGGGAUCUGAUGCCUCCUCGCUUGCGACCGUCCAACCUCUUGAGGAUCUUCGUCUUGAGGAUACCGAUGCUCUUGACACCGAUGCGGGUUCCGGCCUCAUUGAAGAGGACGAGGAUAUGGCGAGUGACGUGGAAGAGGACGCAGAUGAGGUGGCAGAUGAAGAGGACGUCGAGAUGGAGGAUGACGACGUGCAUCCGAGGGUGGUGCAUCAACAGCACCUUGCUGACAUCUUUGACGCUGCUCCCGCUUUUGCAGCGCCUCCUAUUGAGGACAUGUUUUACAAGGUUACCGGCCUUCUCGCGACGAAACCCCUGUCGGCUUCGUCGUGAGCAAUCUAGACGAUAGACUUAAUAGCAAACAUCCGUUUGGAUGAACUGCCGGGUGGUUGAUACCGUAUACAACAGACUCUGACUGGUUGGAAGUGCAGACCCAGAAACACAAAAUGUAAGAUCAUUACCGAAUUCAGCCGACGUGGGAUUCCGCCGUGGAGGCUAUCGCCAACGCCACCCGGCAUAUAUCGGUUGUUGGCCGAUGCGGGGUGUUCAGAUCAAGAGGAGGGCGCGUGGACGUGGGUGGAACCAAAUUGCGCCAUUGCGGCUGGUGAUGGACUAUUUCAUGGCCUUACCUGCAUAUUUUACGCAAAAAGAGACGAUACCAGGUUACAAAUCAACAAGAG